UGUCAGUAGGAUUAUUUAAUAAAAAAUUCAGUGAUUUUAAAGUCGUCUUGUAGUAAAGUGUAUAUGGGUUAACAUAUACAAAUAAUCGCGUGGUGUAUCUUAAAUUAUAUAUUUUUUUUCGGAUAGUUUUUGUGCAAUAUUCGAUAUCCCUCUGUUAUGUAAUUGGGUACUCAGUUUUCAAAUGUAGUGAAUAUGUUAAUCAGAUUUUGUGAAAAUCAAAUAUCCUAAAUAAUUUUAAGGUAGUUUCGCUACCUAAAUUAGUCAUAGAUAGUUUAGAACAAAUUAUAAAACAUGGGAUACAACUUGAACUGGAUCAUUCCUAGGUUAAGGAGCCCAACAACAAUUUGGAAAGUUGCUAGUGCCCUUACAGUGUGUGCUGUGGGUCUUUUUAGCAAAAUUUUAAUCCAUUUAUUGAAUAGAACCAAAGUAUACAAUAGAAAUGUAAUGAGUAAUUUACUUGACAAAAGGCCUAAGAAUGUUCCAUUAAUCACAGUUUCUAACCAUCACUCAUGUUUUGAUGACCCGGGAAUGUGGGGUACCUUAAAAUUAAGACACGUCCUGAGCCCGAAGACAAUGAGGUGGUCAUUAGCGGCGCAUGACAUUUGUUACACAUGUGCGCAGCAUGCCCACUUCUUCAGCCUUGGUAAAUGUAUACCUGUCGUCAGAGGAGCCGGGGUCUACCAAGAUGCCGUCGAUUUUUGUAUAGAGCAGCUCGCUAAGGGUGGGUGGGUUCACAUUUUUCCAGAAGGUAAAGUUAAUAUGACAAAAGAAAACAUGAGACUGAAAUGGGGAGUUGGGAGGAUGAUCUACGAAGCUCCAGUGACGCCGAUCGUCCUUCCCAUCUGGCACAUAGGCAUGGAUGACGUCCUUCCAAAUGAACCUCCGUACGUACUGAAAUUCGGUAAAAACCUCACGUUUAACUACGGUGAACCAUUAGACCUCUCGGAGAUGGUUCAAGCGCUAAGAGAAAAGAAAGCGACAGAAGAAGAAGCCAGGAAACACAUUACAGAUUUUCUUCAAGAAACGUUAUUAAAACUUAAGGAUCAGACUGAGGAGUUACAUAGAAAAAAUCACAAGUCAAAAUCGUGAUAUACGGCUGUUAUUAGUGAUAUGUAAUUUGUAGGUGUCCAUCUGAAAUGUGGUUUGGCUUCUAUUUCAUUUUAUCUUUACAUUGUUAAACUUUUACCAGUUAUCUUUUUAAAAAGAAUUUUUGUCUUUUUACCUUGUUGUUUUGUCUUAGGUCUGCUGUAGUUAUGUUGAUAAUAACUUCCGGUUGAUAUAAGAAAUAUGUCAACUAAAUAAAUUAUAAAUUGCAUUUGCAUUUUGACUUAC